AUAUUUUCUUUGAGAGGUAAGAAAUGAGAUACUGCGAGUACAAAUACGGUGUUCGCAACAAUCAAAGGCUCAUCAGAAGCAGAAGAUCUCUUACCUCUUUAGGAGAAGCCCCAUGAUGGAGCUUGAAUCCCUCAUCAUAAACCCUGCGGCUCAAGGGACAAGCGUGCGGAAGAAAAAAAUUGAAAAGACGCGAAUCGCCAGUUGUGGGUCUCUUUCCCCGAAAUACAAUUCUAGACCGAGACAGGAGGGGGAAAGGAAGGGAGCAGGGUUCUAUCUACCUAUCGCUUCAUUUGAUCCCCUUGAGGCGAACGAUAGCAAUAUCGCAAACGAAUCAUACCAGGAAGAAGGAGGCGCCGAGGCCCACGAGAGCUACAGACACAGAAACAGUGACACCGACGACAGCGACGACAGCGACCAAGAGGCCGGCCACCACGACACCCAAUAUCCCCAACACUUUCUCCCCUCCACUCCCGCCAUCAUCAAAUCAUCUCUCAUUCAUUUCCUCUCCAUUAUCCCAAACUCUAUUUUUCCAUCCAACGAAAUGACGACCGUGCCCUCGUAUGCACAGGGGGAGGAGGAUACAACGUUGAAAGAUAAAAAUGUCACCUAUUUAGAUGGAGAUGUUGGAUCUAUGGACUCAGACACCGUGAAACUUGCUAAGAUGGGUUACACCCAGGAUCUUGAGAGGAACUUCAGCAAGUGGUCUCUGCUUGGAGUCUCCUUUGCUCUUACCAACAGUUGGUUUGGUAUUUCUGCAUCACUUGUUACGGGUAUCAAUUCUGGAGGACCGGUAGUUACUGUCUAUGGAAUCAUCCUAAUCGCACUUAUCAAUGGAUGCGCCGGUAUCUCAUUGGCUGAAUUGGUUAGUGCGAUGCCCAAUUCUGGGGGCCAAUACUACUGGGUAAGUGUGUUGGCUCCCCCAAGACAUAUGAAAUUCCUCUCAUACCUUACCGGGGCUAUUGGAUAUGCCGGAAGUAUCUUCACCUGCGCCAGUGUCGCAUUGGCGAUAGGAAGUGCUCUGAUGGGCAUGAUACAAAUGAAUCAUCCAGACCUCGUCAUUGAGAGAUGGAUGGUUUUUGUUUCUUACCAGAUCUUCAAUCUCUUCGCCUGGGUUUUCAAUUGCUAUGGAAAAACUUUGCCUAAGGUCGCAAGCUUUUUUCUCUAUGUUUCACUCACUUCGUUCAUCGUAAUUACCAUCACCGUCCUGGCCACUUCGUCUCCGAAACAAAAUGCCAAGUUUGUAUUUGCCAAUUUUGUCAACAAUACUGGCUGGGAAUCGAAUGCGAUUGCCUUUAUUGUUGGUCUCAUCAACCCCAAUUGGUCAUUUGCAUGUCUAGAUUCGGCAACACAUUUGGCAGAAGAAGUCCCGCGACCCGAGAGCAAUAUUCCGUUCGCAAUCAUAGGAACUGUGGCAAUAGGAUUCGUCACAGCAUUUCUGUACUCCAUCGCGAUGUUCUUCUCCAUGACAAAUCUGGAUGAACUAGUUAAGACAGCCACUCUUGUCCCUAUUCUCGAGCUAUACAGGCAGGCCACAGGCUCAAAGCCUGCUGCGAUAUUUUUGGAGUUCUUGAUUUGCUUCACAGGACUGGGCUGCCAAAUAGCUUGCCAUACAUGGCAGGCAAGACUCUGUUGGUCCUUCGCACGUGACAAAGGAUUGCCAGGGUCUCGGUAUUGGUCCCAGGUUCAUCCCACUAUGGGAAUUCCGUUCUACGCACACACCAUGAGCUGUAUCGUUGUGGCGCUUCUAGGGUUGCUUUACAUCGGAUCAACAACGGCAUUCAACAGUAUGGUAACUGCAUGUAUUGUUCUGUUGUAUAUUUCAUAUGCCAUUCCGGUGAUCCUCCUCCUCAUGAAAGGACGCAACAACAUCAAGCACGGUCCUUUCUGGGUCGGUAAGCUUGGGCUUGUGGCAAACCUUGUGCUCCUAUUCUGGACUGGCUUUACGCUCAUCAUGUACUCUUUCCCGUACUCUAUGCCGGUGACGAGUGGAACGAUGAACUACGUAUCCGCAGUCUACGGGUUUGUGUUUAUCUUGACGAUUGGAUACUGGUUCGCCCGUGGAAAGCGUACUUUUAGAGGGGGGGGCGAGCGAGCCGCUGAGGCAGAACACAUAGUUAGAGAAGUUGCAAGUCACGCACAUGCAAGCUAAUAUUAUCUUAUCUUGGCUUGCUCUGAGCUUUUAUCCUGCUUUAUAUCUUUCUCUUUCAUUAGCCUUUGCCCUUGAUUCGAUGUAAUAGCUAAAGAAAUCAUUCGCCUAAAUUACCCUUUCAUUGCUCGUUUUCGUUUCCUUUCUUCUCUCUCCUUCU